AUGGCAUCCCAGGACUUUUGGAACGAUCCCAUCUUUGCUAGGGUCCAACGUGGCAAACAGCCCCAAGCCCCAGCCCCAGCCCCUUCCACUGCUCCAUCAGCCGCCGACCAGAUCCCAACGAAACAGACAGUGCCUCCAGUCGAACUUAGCGAACGAGAGGCCGAACUGCUAAAAGAUGAUGCACCGAAAUUUAGAAGCUGGGAAGGCUUUUGGGCCGACCCUGUCUUUGAGAAGGUCACGGGCCGCCGAGAACGGCUACCGCCUGGACAGCAGCGGGAGUUCUGGAAGUACGAAGUCGACGAAUCCGUGGCCAUAGGGUCACUGUUUCCUUCGCUCUCGUCAUCGGCCUUCAAUGCUGUCACUUUCGAAAAGUCUGCGAUCGAGUUCCGCUCCAAAGAUAUCUUUGCGGAACCCGCCGGCCUGUACUUCAGGACCAGCGUUGUUAUGAACGGUGCCCUGGAUGAGAUCUUCUCCGUCUUCAAACAUUUCCUGGGCGAUGGCGCCAAACCGACAUUGAGGCUUUCCGCUUUCCUAGGAGUGACGCCCAUGCCUGACAAUAGCUACACAGCCAAUGGCUUGGAGCUCAGCGGCUCGUUGGAUGGUCUCAUGACUCCGUUUCCGCCCGUCAUUCAACUGCUUACUGUCGUCUCACUGGGCGUCAGGUUGAAGAUUGGUGGUCAAACUGAUAUCUCAACGCCUCGGCUUCCGCCCGCUGGCGUGCCCCCACGAUCAGAUGGGAUCUCGUUUGGGUUCUUUGGUGAACUCCUUUUGGAGCUCCCAGGUGUUACUGGGCCUACCAGGCUCAACUUCAGCGCAACCUUACACGAGAGAGACGAGGUCAUGCAAUUGGACAUGACUUUUCCCGGUGAUGGAUCCUGGAAUAGCGCACUUGGAGCUGACUCCCUACGUCUUGAGGGUGUCUUAUUCACACUGCGAGUCCCUAUAGGGGGAAGUAGCAAGAAAAGCGAGGCAGCGACCGGGAAGCUGCCCUCUUCGAGUGACACCACGCCAGAUGGCGAAGCACCGGUGGUAAACUCAUUGAUCUUUCAGGAGCGAUUUACAAAGGGCGGCCUGCUCACUGUUAGAGUCUCCAAGGCUGCGUUCGUUCUACAAGGUUCUUUGACAAUCAACGGCCGCCAGCUAUUCGACGCGAAGAUCACAAUCACGAAAUCCGGAGUGGCCAUUCGCGCGUCAGUCGAUAAGUGGGAAAUUGAUGAUGGCCUGAUCGUCAUUAAUAAUGCAUCUCUUACGCUUCUUGUAGGCCGAGCUAGCACCGGGGGCAAUGCGUCUGAGGAGGCUGAACAUCCAGAGGGCCAGGGCGAAGAGAAGAAGCCCUCGCAGCCCGUGGCAGCCCAGCCCAGCUCGGGAACUGGUGAUGAUGUCCAGUUCAAAGCACCGCAGACUCCCAGUAAAGGAUGGACUGGUGGGCUACACGUCACUGGCGAGGUGCUUUUGAACGGCGAUGCUGUCAAGGAAGGGAAAAGUCCACACACUCUCCAAGCCACGCUUGUGGUUGGGAAGCAGGCCGACAAGAUGUUCUGGGUCCUAUGUGGGACUUACAAUGGAGACCUCUCACUCAGCAAGUUGGUGCCAGGUAUAGUCGCGGACUCAGACGUCGAUCUCAGCCUGAAAUCAGUGUCCCUGGUUGCAUCGAGCAUCGACCAGCCCGACUACAGCCUCAACACUAAUGGCUAUACAAUCCGCAAAGGAUUCUUCAUUUGUGCGAGACUUCAAGCAGUGCCUUUGAUGGAGGUUAAAGGCAAGGUGAAAAAGCCCGCACCUGGAGACGACACAUAUGUCAGUGUAGGCUGGGUCAAGGGGUCCAAAUUCCCAUCGAUCUCUGUCUUCUUGCCCUCCUCGAUGAAUAUUGAACUGGGCCCCAGAUUCACGUCGAAGCGCUUUCAACUAGAUCUCAAAAGAGGACAGAAGGGGUUCUCCUUCGCAUUUAUUGGUGCCUUCCUAGUCAAGGUCGACGACAGGAACCCAGCCUACGAGUUCGCCCUCAACUUGGAAGCAGACCCGAUUGGGGCAUCUGGAUCACUUGUAUUCAGGGGCGACAUCAAUGAUCCGUUCGGUCUGAGCAAGCGAUUCACCAUAGGGCCUGAACUCGCGAUUCAAUUGAACUUCAACUGGGUGCAACUAGCAUCAACCGGUCUGCCAAUUGGAGCAGGACUAGGAGGGGGUUUCUACCUGGAUGGUAGAGUAGACGACCCAUAUUCUCUGAAGCUCUUCGUAUGCGAGAAUCCGAAGGAUAUGCUGAUCGAGGUGAAAUCACCUCUUAUGAGCUAUACAGAGAUUAUCAGGUUCGUGGCCGCCGCCAUGGAGAGAGAAAUCCCGCUCUCCGAUGUCAAAAUCUUCGAGUUUAGAGACGUUUUGAUCUACGGCAGCAUGGGGGCAUCGUUUGGCGGCAACUUCUAUCCUGCCGGCUUCCGAAUGAAGGGCACCAUCGUCAUAUUCGAUCAUGAGGCUGGCAUGGAUUGCUCGCUUACUACGGAGGGCUUCAAACUCAAGGCCUGGAUCCAGACAUUCAAGUUGGGUCCUCUGAGUGUCGGCGGCGAUGCGGUGAUUACCGGAAAAUCUGGCACAUUCGCCGUGCUUGACAUGAAUCUGGGUUGGGAAGAACAGAAGUUCAUCCUCAAGGGCUUCGUGGAAAUUUUCAAUAUCAGGGCUGCCAUCGACGUGCAUAUGCAGAUCUGUCCGACACCCAAGUUCUACUUUGACUUUGAGGUCACCUGGACCGACCUGCUCAGGCUCAAGGUACAUGCCGAGAUGGUCAACCAGAAGGCAAUUGAUAACCCUGGAUCCACGGACUUCGUCAUCUCGGCCGAUUUCCAGCAGACAAUCAUUCAACAGAUCGCGGAAAGCCUGCACAAGGCGCUCAAGGCCACGCAUGAAGCAAUCCAGAAGAAGCUUGACAGUGCCAAGGAAGCGGUAGCGGACGCCGAGCGUAGGUACAAGGAGCAGGUAGAGGAGGCGCAGAAGAAGCUCAAGGCAGCCAGAGCUGCGUAUGAGGCAGAAAAUGAUGCGCUGGACAGGCAGCUUGAUGAGCUCGAGCGUCAAACGAAGCAGGGCAAGGAUGAGAGGCGCGACAAAAUCAACAAGGCUAACGACGAGGGCACAUCCAAGAUUGAAAAUACUCGCACGAAGCGAGGCCGUGAGGUAGAGGAAAACAGGAUAAACUUCAACGCGAAGGAGACGGAGGUAAAUAACCAGGAAAGUAAUGGUGCUGCGGAGCGCAACCAGACUGUCUCAGAAAGCGAGCAGAGAAAGCGGGCGUUCAUGUCCCAGUUCGGAGACACUGAGGCAUCCUUAGAGCGCGGAAGAAACGAUGUGCAACGUGCAAGUAGUAGGUUCAAGGCCACUCGUGCUGCUCAGUGGGAAAGCGUGACUAAUAUGUUCACAGACGAUGUCAACAGCCUGAAGAGAGAGAUGGAUGAACUGGAAAGGCGUAAGGAAGGGCUCAAUUGGCUUCAAAAGGCGCUCGCACUUGAUAUUAACUUCCAGCUCGGCGCAUUGGGUGUGCAGUAUGUUGGCGCCAAGAUUGGCCUCGCUGUUGCUGAGGGUGUCAUUUCUGCCAUCAUCAACAUCAUGCGCUCCGACAUUUUUGAAUCUGCCAAACAGGCCUGGUAUCGGGCAAGCGAGCUCGUGGACACUGUGAUCCGCAAGAUUGCGCUGGCGGUGCAACAAGCCAAGGACCAACUGGCCAACGCUGCCAAAGCAUUGCAAGCUGCAGAGGCAGCGCUCAAGGGCGAUGUGGCCGAGGCCGAGAGAAUAGCCAACGAGAUGGUGAACGACGCCAAGCGUCUCUAUGACACAUAUGCCGCCGAACAGGAGAAAGAGUCGGCAAAGCUACGCAUCCAACUCCAGCAGCUAAAGAACAGCGCGACGGGUCUCGCAGUCGCGACCGCCGAAGGCGCGUUGGAGGUAGCCAAGAACAACACCGCCGUCUUCAAGUUGGCGGAAGCUGGCCUCGAUGCGGUCAAGGCAAUCGAGACAGCCACCUAUAAGACUCUGGACGAGCUCGUUACUGCAGCAUCUCAGCUGUGCGACAUACGUAACAUUCACCUCCGCGGCGUCAUCACUUCGGAUCCCAGUCGACAAUCAGCUUUCACCAUCUACAUGGAUGGUACACUUGUGGGCCAGAAUUUCGCGUUUGAGGUGGAAUACACGCCGGGCGAGACUAGAAAGUUCUUGGAGGGCGUGGCGAAAAAGGCGCUCGGCGAACUGGGCUUGAUGGCAUAA